UCAUGUUUGAUAAUCGAAACUAAUAACAACCAUCAAUGUUUGGAGUUCAAUAACAACAAUAAUAAUAAGUCUUUCCUCCUUAAUAUUAAGGAGUGGAUCCAUAUGUAUAAAGAAGUCCUCCAAAAGCUUAAGGAACUCUAGGUUUUUAAUAACCACAAUAAAGCAGCUACGUUUAGUAAACACCUCAAUAAGGAAGUUAAACGGUAUAUGAACACAAAGUAAUUACAACUGGUUAGGUUUAAUCUCCUUAUAUUCAAUAAAAUCCAGUGGCAUUUUAAUAAGUUUCUACAAUUAAAAGUAAAGGUUCUUAUUGUAUUGAUUGGUGUAUAUACUUUAUUCCAUUCCUUUUCUUUAUAGCUAUAUUAGCCUUUAUGGGUAUGAUAAUUGCUUAAAAAGACAGAGAUUUUAAUUAGGAACCAAUAAAUAAUGUCUUAAGAACAUUUAGUCAUAAUUAAGCAUUAACACCAAUAGCUGAUAUUGUAGCUCCACAUAUUGCAAGAUCCUCUAGUAUGCAUAGUCAUUUCUAACACAAAAUAGAGACAGAAUUAUGUCCAGAAGGUUUCACAUUAGCAACUUUAGGAGAAUGGCCAGGAAUAAAUUCUGGAUGCAUAUGUGAUAAAUAAAUAAAGAAGGAAGGAUUUUGUUGGGCUAGAAGUGGAUGUGAUUCAAUAGAUAGUUAAGAUUCUAAAUAUUUUUAAACUUGGAAUGGUGGAAGGGUAUGUUAAAAAUUAACAGUUGGUUGGACUAAAUUAAAUGGAAAUACUUGUUCUGAAGGAUAUAAGAAAUGUGGUAAUGUUUGUGUUCCAACAAAUGGAGAUGCUUCUAGGAUGUGUCCACUUUCAGAUUUAACUUUAUUAAGUACUGAUCCAACUACAGAUUCAGAUCCAACAUCAUUAAAUACUUAAGUAGUUAAGAUUGGUAAUAAAUGGUAUAGAAAAUCAUAUGAUGGAAUUCCAAUUGUAUAAUUUUAAAUUAUUCCUGGAAAUGCUGAAUAAGUUAAGAAUUCUGCUCCAUGUCUUAAUGAUAUUACUACAUCAACAUUUGAAUCAUAAUAAUCAUAUCCAUUAUUGAAAAAACCAGCAACUGGUUGUGAUCAAUUUGGUAAUUUGUAGAAUGAAUUUGUUAAGAUUGAUACUUUAACAGCAAAGAAGGUUCAUGAGGAGAAUGGAAUAUUAUCAUCUCUUCAUACUAUUCCAGGAUAUUCAUCAUAUGAAGUUGAAUCAGAUUCAUAUACAUUGGAAGGAAUUAGAAGAAUAUCAGUUAAUCCAACUAUUGAAUGCAGUUCAAUAUCAUCUGCAGAUGUUAAUUAGAUUAUAGAGGAUAGUGAAGAUAUUUAUUAAUAAAGAAAAUGGUUUAGUAUAAUAAUCUUUUGGAUUUGUGUGGUCGGAAUAGUAUUAUUUGUUUAUCUUUAUUUAAUUAGAAGCAGAGUAUCUAUUAUUAUAAAUAUAUUAGAAUUUCUAAACUUUGAAUGUAUCAUAAAUAAAGCAACCAAAAAUAUUAAUUCUUAUUGCUGUUGUUGUAGCUAUAUUGUGUAUUGCAUUUGGAUCCCUCUAUUUAUAUAACAUGAAUGGUGAUGUAAGUAUUAUUAUCUAGUUGUGUAGGAUGGUUUGAGGAAUGUAGAUUCAAGAUUCAAGUCAUAAUUGGAUAAUGAAUGCUUCAAUGAUAAAGGAAUUAAAAAUGUAAUAUCAUAUGUUAUAUAUAAUUUAGUCUAUUCAAUAAUUGCAUAAUUUCGCUUAUUCAUAAUAUUCUACUAUUGGAUAUUGGAUUACUUGGGCAUUUUGGUUAAGUAUAGCCUUCUUAAUAUUGAUGAUUAUCUUAAUUGUUAUUUAAAGUGGCUCACAUGGUAAUUUGUGCAUCAAUCCAUGGUAAUCUAAUUGGGUUUUUGGAUACAAUGAAUUUUAGUGA